UUCACGUGUCAGUCUGUGAAACAUAAGAAACUAGAACAGAAUUCAGUGCAGUCCAGCCCACAAUAUAAGUAACAAAAACCAGAGACACUCAACAGAAAGAUAAGAAUCAUGACGGCAUUCACGGUGGCAACUUCCAGUUGCAUGGCGGCCACCGCCGUGAUGAAACCUCGCCUGCCUGCAACCUCCUCAUUACCCUGCCUUCCACCCAGAUUCUCCCUUUCACCUGCCUUUUCAACUUCCUUUAAACGAAUUUCAGUGUCCAGGAUUCCUUCUCGGUUUCAGACCAAGGCCUCAUCGACAGAUGAGUCUAUUGAUAGUGGGGAAGUUUUCACUGAUCUUAAGGAAAAGUGGGAUGCAGUUGAAAACAAAUCUACUGUACUUCUCUAUGGAGGGGGAGCCUUGUUAGGAGUUUGGAUAUCGUCGAUACUUGUUGGUGCCAUCAACUCAGUCCCCUUGCUUCCGAAGAUCAUGGAGUUGGUAGGUCUUGGGUACAGUGGAUGGUUUGUCUACCGAUACCUUCUAUUCAAGUCAAGUAGAAAGGAGCUAUCAGCAGACAUCGAAACAUUGAAGAAGAAGAUUGCAGGAUCUGAAUAAUUUUCAAGAUGUGCCAUAGUUAACUUAAGGUGCAUAUCAUCAUAAUAAUCAAAUCUAUGAAUUGCUGUAUAAGAGGCAUUUGCUCUUCUACUUUUGUAUAGCUUUCACAUAUAUUUUUCCAAUUCUUGAUUCUAGAACUUGCAAGUUUUCACAUCUUAUUUCCAGAAAUGAAAGUGGUAAUCUGGUAUAGUAGUUUAUUAGA